GUCGGCUUGUUUUCCAUUUCGACCGCAAAGAUUGAAAGUCACGCUAGGCGUCCCUUUCCAGACUCCAGCAACGAAAUGUUUCACCUCUAAUAAUUGGCAAUACUGUUAGAUAUUUUGAAGACGGACAGACAGUCAGUACACAAGUGCGAGAGACUCAAGAGGGAUUAUAGUUUCAAGUUCUGUUUACGUGUCCCGGUCUGCUGUAAAAGUACGAGCCGCCGAAACGAGCCGUUGAAUCAAGUUCACCCUGAAAACGAACAUCAGCAUGUCGUCAGGACCGCGUUUGAAGUCAACGGUUGUUUUGACAUCGCCGAAGAAGAUGAGCCCCGUAGAAACUUCGACAAAUCCUGAUGCAGAGGGCGGUCAGAAGACAGAGAAGGACAUCAAGAAGGAGGGCGCAAUUAAAAGGCUAAAUUUGAUCGACGCGAACAUUCAGCAAUCGACUAAGAGCGAUGAUCGCGCGAACGUAGUCUCAGAUAUGCAGAUGAAAACGUCGAAAAUGGUGCAUAACGUAUGUGGCAAACUUCAGAGGAUGAAGAUAAAGGAUGCGGGACAGUACCGAGCGACGAAGGAAGAAGCCGGGAAAAGUUCAGAUCCCGAAGAACCGACUCAAAAAACUAUGAAGCCUGCUUAUGACGAAGAUCCGAAGCUACCAAGGAAAGAAGAUCGCAGAACUGCGCGAUUGGCAAAGAAGAUAUCAAAAUUCAGCGCGAAAUUCAUGGCGGCAGCCAGAGAAUUAGGAGUCGUUGACCUGAACGAGGACUACAAUUCAGAUUCUGAUUCCUCCUGGAGCUUGACCAACUCCUCGUUGUGUUCAACCAGCUGCUCGUGUUCGGAGAGCUGCACAACCGAUUAUUCGUCGUGUAGCUGUUCAAUUUGCUGCUCUGACGAGGAAAGCAGCUCAACUUCAGACACUGCAGACGCGUCGACUACGGAUUCGUCGUCAGAAUCGAGCACCAAAAGCGCGUCUUAUUCUCUGUCAUCCGAUAAUUGUACCGACUGAAAUUUUUAAAUUGCGCUUUAAGAUUUUGAUAUUGAAUGUUGGAUAACAGACUACAUCAAUUCGGCUUUCUGCCUGAGUAAUUGUUGCUUCGGAUUUUGCCAAGAUUUCGGGAGUACUUGAUAAGAAUUUUAAACGAUCAUUUUCGAUAAUUGAAAAUUUGUUAGAGUAACAAUCUGAUGAUGGUCAUUGAUCGGUGUAUUUACUGUAAUAAUCAAAUUUCGAUUCCCUGUGAUUGUACAAGAAAGGGAAUUAAAACGAAAAAUAUGUAAUCGAAUAAAUACAACGUAUAUGAUAUUUUACCCUGUUAGAAUAUAACGGUGAUUUUUACAUGUGUGAGGAUUUUUGUAUCUAAUUAAAUGCGAUCUCUUUCGUGCUGUAUCCUGUGAUUUUGAAAUAGAUAAUUAAGCUUGUAUAAUCGUGUGCUGUAAAUCAGAAUAUAUCGUUUAU